GACAGCUCGAAUCUGUUAAUAACAGUAAAAUUUAAAUUAAAGACCAAAGUGCUUUCCAAAUUACCGGCCAGCUGAUGGUAGAAUUAAAACAAGUUAUUAACUAAAACUGUUCCCCUAAAUCGCUUUAGCAUAUUUUUAUAAAUCUAAAGAAUCGGGUAUGGCAGUCCAAGCAAAAAUGUUGCCCUCCACUGUUAAUAACAGAAGAGCUAACUGUUAAGUUUUUGAUGCCGAAAAACAUAUGUUUGACAAACGAAAAGCAGGGAUUUAAUAUUUAAUAAAACAAUGGAAGACCCUCUGAAGCCCAAACCAGUACCGCUGGCAGCAGAAACAGUAUUGUGGUUUGAAUUUCUACUAGAUCCGAACAAAAUAACACAGCAUUUGCAAUGCAAAAAUCCCGAGCCCAGUGCCGUGGAGCUAAUCAUGCAGUUUAUCAGCAUGACGCCGGAUACCGCGAUACAAUCAACUGUGGUCACGCCGGGCAGCGAUUUGCAGAACCUAGCCGGCGCCAGCGUCGGCGCCAAUGCCACCACGCCUGCGGCCUCAGCGGCACUCAAUGUGCCGCUCAUAACACAGCAGCAACGGCAGGGAGAUGUGCAUCUGCAGUUGACGCGCAAACAGUUGGCCUUAAAAAUUCUCGAGCUGAAAGUGGCCACUUGGCUCAGGUGGGAUCUGGAUGCGCUCGAGAAAGGCCUGCCCGUGCUCAUGCAGCUGGGUCUGUUGCGCGAUCUAUGCACCAUCAGCUAUGGCCGCGUCGUCAGCAUUCCGUUCUCAAACGAUUUCGAUUUCAAGAUUUCACCCUCUGGGAAUGAGCGUGCUGCGCGCUUUGCACUGACCAUCUACCAUCGGAUGAUACUUCGACUGCAGCUCAUUAAGGACAGCUUAUUGAAGAGUCCGCGUCCCCUUAUGUUUCAGGCGGUUGAUCAGCUGCAACAGUUUUUGGACACACCCACCCAACCAUCCAUCGAAUAUCUGGAGCAGCUGUGCUCAUCAGCGUCCAGCAAACCUUUUCAUGUGUUCCACUAUGACAGCUUUGUGGCCCUGCAGUGCGACACACUGAGCACCGCACAGAACUUCGACAUGAUGCACUUGAUCACUCCACAAGAACUGCGCGCCCAGCUUCAGUCCGAGCUGGCCCAUUACUACCUCCAUACCAAGCAGUAUGUGCUGGCGCGUGAUUCAGCCGCCGGCUGCACCAGCAAUCUUCAAGCGCUGCCACCUGGAAUGACGCGCUUCUUUUGCCACAUUCGACCCACGGAGUUGGAGGGUCUGUUGCAGGCUUGUGGCAUCAGCGCACAACAGAAAACACUACUGGAACGCUUUCAUCAAUCCCUGCUCAACAGCUAUACGGACAUUGUGUCUAUACUGCGCCUAGACAAUCGUGCACGUGAGAUUCCACUGGUGAGCCGGCGAAACGUAGAACUAGACAUUGAAGGUGCGAUCUCUACCGGACUGCUCAAGGAGACGAGCCAGUUGCUGCUGCAUGUUGCCGCACUAAAUGUAGUGCGCACCGUGUUCGAGUGGGGCAAUAUUUUUGGCAGCGUGGAGUAUUUUGAGAAGUACCAUGACCUGGACUACAUGCCACCCUUUGUAGAGGCAAUGCAAGAUGCUCUAACACACUGCAGCCAGUCAGAGCAGGCGGCAAUUAAACAUUUUCUUAUUGAUUGCGUCCUGUAUCAGCAGCAACAGCAGCAGCUGGAACAAAGUCGACAGCUGCUACACACUUUGCGUGGCAUGGGUAUAUUUUCUAAAGAGGAGCUUAUAGAUUUGGAUGAUCAGCUAGUCCAGGCGGCGCUGCCAGUGCUUAGCAACUCGUUGGCUACACUCAACGAUUGGAUAUGCCAUUCAAAAAUGACUCGCGUGGAUGUAGCCGCGCUGGAGCGUCAGUUGAUCACCUGCACGAAUGCCAACAGUGUGCGGAUUCUACUGGUCAAGCUGUGUGGCACGGCACCUGGUAAGCCCCUGUGGGCAAUCAAUCCCAGCUGGGAUGUGCCACAGCCGCUAAAAACCCUGAUUAUGGCAAUGCCGGUUAGCUUUCUGCAAGACUUCAGCUACGUACUAUUGGGAAAGGCGCGGGAGCUGGCGGCCCGUGGCAACUACAUUGAUGCGGUAUCUAUGUUGAGUGUGCUUAAGUCUGAAACACAACGUCAGGAGCUGGGUGGCAGUGCGCAGUUGAUGUGCAAGCUGAUAACUUGGGAAAUACUGCAUAUACAGAUUACGCAGUGCUUGGAUGAAUGGCAUCAGAAGCCACUCGACCUGCAAGCGCUCGGCACACGUUGCAAACAAUGCUUGGGCGCUUUGCAGGCGGGUGAUUCAAUGAUGCCAAGGUUGGAAAUUCUCGAGAGCUGUGCAAUCAUGCUGCUUAAUCUAACGGACUUCCCGCCGCUUCUUUACCUAGACAAGCGGGCGCAGCAGUUGGAAUUACCGUUGGCCUUUGCAGCCACCUUUAUUGAAAUGGAAAAGAUGAAGGGGCCCAAGAAGGUGUGUCGCGAUGCCUGGGAACUGAUGCUCAGCUUGUUCCUCAAUGUGCCCAAGCGUGCGUCAUCAGGCGCUGGCAGCGGCGCCAGCAGCUCGCUUCAAGCAUUUCUGCAGCGUGUGCGCCACCAGAGUGUUUUUGGACUUGCUAUUUCAAUGCUCGGGAAAAUGCACAACAUACUGAAAGAUGACCCCAAUCACGAUUUAAGCUGCGAAUACAUGCAGCUCUGGCCCACCAGCAUCAACAACCUAAACAGCUACAGUCUGCGAAGUGUAUGUGAGACGCUGCAGUGGCUGCUUUCCGAGGCACUCAACUACUAUCCGCAGACUAUCUCCUGGCUAAAAAUGAAGGGCGAUCUAGAGCUAGCUAUUGGCAAUAAUGAGUCUGCCAUGCGCUGCUACGUUAACGCCCUGGUCACGGGGACCGACUACUGCACCAUGCCGCUCCAGCGCAACGUAGCCGAUGACUAUGUGAUUAGGAAGAUGAUUAGGUGUGCCGCCAAUUUGGGCUGCCACAUGCAGGCCACCGUUCUUUGUCAAUUUCUAGACGAGAUCGACUAUGGCAUUGUCUUCAAGAAUCUCAGCGAAAAGUCAUCCAACUUCACAGAUGCCAUGGAUGCAUACUACAGCUGCAUAUGGGAUACAACGCUCCUCGAAUUUAUCGUAAAUCUACACGCGAAACGAGGCGAACACAGUCGAAAACUGGAGGCGAUCUCAAUGAUGGGCACCUUGGAGCUAAAUGCCAACAACAAUGAGGAGAUCAAACGGGAGAGCGCAAUGGUACGCAAGUCGCGCUUCUUACGCGCCCUGGCCAAGCAGUAUUUGCUGUAGUCACAGGCGGGGUCACCCCCAUCCUGGCUGCAUACUACAUCCACGACCAAGCCCACAAAGAAGACCAAUUAGAGUUAAGCUUGAUAAGGUUUUGUAAUUUAACGCAAUUAGAAUGUAAGCUUAAAGUGUAGCAAUAGGUUUUUCUGGUUAAAUUAAAGAAACUUGUAUUUUUUUUAGGGA